GGUUCCUUUUUGCAGGGAGCGAAGAGAGGGUGGGUGUUAGCACGCGGGAGAGGGCGCCCGCUCCGUGUGGCUAUCCCGGCCCCCGUGGCCACCAGCAGAGGCGGCCUGGGCUUGCCGCUCCGGGGCCAGCCAAGCGCUCUCAGGCCGCCGCCUCCUCCCUGCGCCCGCCCCGCGCCUGCCUCUCUCGCUCUCCCUUCCUUCCCCCUGACGUCAAGCCGCCGGCCCGCCCGGGCUGCUGCUGCUUCCCCGCCUCUCAUUGUCAGGAGGAGUCCCAGCACGGCUGCCCGCGGCUCGGACGCCCCCUCCGAGCAGAUCCGAGUGGGCCGCCCCGCUUCGCGGAGUGGGGGCCCGGGUCGCCUCCGGCAGCGGCAGGCGAGGGAAGAGAAGCAGGGACUGGAGCCGCCGCCGCCGCCGCCACCCAGCAAGAAGAAACUCCCCGGCGGAGGACGCGGCGCGCUCUCCUUCCCGGCAAGUUCCUUGGCGGAUCUGGAGAGGAGGAGGAGGAGAAGUCGGUGCAGCUUGUCUCCCCAAGAAGCUUAAUGACCUAAGAAGAAAAAUAAAGAGUUUUAAAAAGACAUUUCUUCUCUGUCAUCUGAAGAAUUUAAAAAACCAAGGUCAAAGAUGGCAGAGUACUCGGCCUAUAAGGAGACAUCAAAUCGCCACUUACGCUUUAAGCUGCAGAGUCUCGGCCGCCGCCUCGAUGAAUUAGAGGAAGCGACAAAAAACCUCCAGAAAGCUGAAGAUGAACUUCUAGAGUUACAGGACAAAGUGAUCCAGGCUGAAGGCAGCAACUCCAGCAUGCUGGCCGAUGUGGAAACUCUACGGAAAAGAGUGCUGAAAAUAGAAGGCAAAGAUGAGGAAAUCAGGAAGGCAGAAGAGCUGUGUCGGCUGAUGAAGGAGAAACUCGAAGAAGAAGAAAGUCUUACUCGGGAACUGAAAUCCGAAAUUGAGCGGCUUCAGAAGCGAAUGGCAGAACUGGAGAAACUCGAGGAGGCCUUUGGCCGGAGUAAAAAUGACUGCACUCAGCUAUGCCUCAGCCUCAAUGAGGAGAAGAACCUGACCAAGAAGAUUUCGACAGAACUGGAAGUUCUUCGGGUGAAAGUCAAAGAGCUUGAACAAUCUGAAGACCGGCUGGAUAAAACCGAGCAGAGUUUGGUGAGCGAACUCGAAAAGCUGAGAUCCUUAGCCCUUGCUUUCAUCAGCGAAAGAAAAAACUUCACCGAAAAGGAGAAGCAGAAUGAAAAGAUAAUACAGGAGCUAACACAAAAACUUGAGCAAAAUAAUAAAUUGAACCGGGUGGAUCAAACCCGAAAUGCAUCUAACCUGCUGGAAAAAUCAUCCAAUAGUAUUCUUGAGAGGAAUGAUAUGAGGAUUGAAGUGGACGUGAGUACUUCUGCACUGUCAUCUAAAGAAACCAGGAGAAAAGGGAGCUUGGAUUACCUAAAGCUCGUGGAGAAUGAAACACGGAACAGAUCGGAAAACCAGAAGAAUAAAAACCAAGAAGACAACAAAGUGAAGGACCUCAAUCAAGAAAUCGAGAAGCUUAAAACUCAAAUCAAACUUUCUGAGACUUUAGAAGAAGAACUUAAAACUCUGCGAGCCAAAAAUAACGAUUUGCACGACAGCUUCUUGAGUGAGCAGAAUAAAAACAAGCUUCUCACGGGCCAGCUCGAAGAAAUAAAAAUGCGGAUGAAGAAGCAAAAAGAGCUGGAGAAUGGUGAGGCCGAGCCUGAGGAAAUCAAUUUACCCAGCCGAGUUAAACACGACAGACCUAAACAUCGAGCUGUGACAGCCGAGUCAACGGUUUCAAAACCUAAAUCCCGGGAACUUUCACCUCAGCACAGGCGGGAGAGAAUACGCAACCGUGAAUUCUCAUUUAAUAAUGAGAACUAUAGCCAAAGCAGCAGACGGGUUCCAAGUCCGAAUCUGAACAGUAGGCGAGGGGCUAAGGCAUCUAGUACGUCAGCAUUGUUGGACGCUAUAGCAACCGAUAGUAAACGAGCGGAAGACAAAUCAACCCACCUUUCCUCACAGAAAGAGACCCCACCACCUGAGGUGAAGAAAUCUAGGGAACAACCAUCUGUGCUGAGCCGUUACCCACCUGCGGCACAGGAACACAAAGCUAUGAAGCCCUCCUUGAAACCCAAGAGCGAGAAUGUAUUGCGGAGCAAAGUUGAAAAAGUAUCCCCGUCUUUUAAUGAUGCGAAUCACUGUAAGCCCGAUGCACUUGAAGAAAAGUGGAACAAAGGAGAAACUGUGAUGUCCUCUUCUGAAAAGGGUAUUAAGACAAAUCAUACAGAAGUACCUGUUGUUGCAACAGAGGUUUACAUCUCAAAGACAAAUCGUGGGAUAUCCAAUGGAGCUGCUCCAUCCUAUAGACGCCAUCUCUCUUCAGAAAUGUUAGCCGCCGAGCUUGCCAGCUCAAAGACAGAAGCCAUAGCACCCGUAUGCUCUCGCAGGCAACCCGUGGAAGAGGGUUCUGUAAAAGUAGUUAACUCACAAGAAAAUGAGAGCAUGGAUGCUCAGCUUGAAAUGGCAAAGCCAUUGCCUUUAUCGAAGUCUUGGCUAAUCUCAAGAAGUCAAGAAGAUCUCUUGCAGGGUGUCUCAGCUUCUCGGAAGGAAGAAAUGGGUCAGACCACCACUGGCUUAGCGGCCGAUGCUAACCACGUUGGUCUGAAACCCACUUCUGCGAGAGCCAAAGCUAUAAGAUCUGGCAGCCAUGAGAAAUUCAACACGGAUGAGGAGAGAGGUGGAAUUGCAGCCAGUUCUACCAAUUUAGGGGUAAAAAGGGAACCCAUUUCCAGAGAAUUCACAAGCUCCCGGGGCACUGUUCGAGCGUCUCUCUUUGAGAACAACAAAAAUACAUGUGGCGAAGAAGAAUUUGGCAGGUCAUCCAGAACUGCUGGCAUCACAGGGUUGAGAUCCAAAAGGCCGUUCAGUCCAAGGGAAGCUCUAAGUUCGAAGGCUGUUAUCAAGCCUGCGAUUGUGGAGAAAGAUGUGAAAGAAAUCAUGGGUGGUGCAGGAUCCGGACUGGAAGGGACCUCUGAAAAGCAGCACUCGGUCUUGAAAACCGGAUCCCACAAAAUGACUAGCAGUAUCACCAUCUACCCCUCUGAGCCCGUUACUCCGAGGGCCAGCACCAACGAAGCUCCAAAGGAACAGCUGCAAAUGUCCGCCAGCAACAUUCGAGUCAUUCCGAAUGAGCUCUCAUCAGGAGCAAAGACAACCAGCACACCUGGCGAGAUAUCCAUGAACAAGAGCAAUAUAACCCUGAAGCUACCGGAGACUGAUAAAAAUGGGGAGUCCGCUCCGAGAAGCAGGGUGGAGACGGUCGUCUCGAAAAGCAGCAUUACAAUAAAACCUUCUGAAACCAUUGAGAGAAACAGCGAGGCAGCCGCGGAUACCAUCAGCUGGAAGAGCCACAGCUCUUCAGAGGCCAACUUGUCAGAUGCCAAACACGUCACGGUGCGAAGUACGUGGAGGACACGGAGGGGUCUGCAGUCUUCAGAAGACUCUGCAACCAAAGGGGUUGAGAAUUCAACAACUCGAAACCCUUAUAGAUCGUCUGCAGACCUUUCCAGGCCAGAAGGGACCAGCGCACGCAUAUAUGCAAUUGAGCAGAACUCCAGAAGAGCCAGUGCCACUGUAAACUCUUGGAAUACUCCAGAACUGGACUCUAGAAGAACCAAAAGUAGCUUAAGCGCAUCUGAGAUGCUCAGCCAGAGGGCCUGCAUCAAUGAACCCGUGACGGCUUCAACUUGGAAUUGCACAGCAUUAUCGGAGGAACACAGAGAUUUUGUUCCCAGUUCCAGAAGAAAACAGUUUGGCUCCUCCGAGCAGCUUGCCUGGGCAGACACGCCAAGGAAGAGGCCAGACGCCAGGCUGGAGUCCCACCGCCAGCUGCCGGGUAGCAAAACCGAGGAACGAACGCGUUGGUCCAAAGGCUACUCAGAAGACAACUGAAUGAACCAAGGGUCUUUCCCACUCCAGCUGCAUGACCGCCGGAAGCCAAGCUUCACCCUCUUGCCCUCCAUUGGCCUUCCCUGCAGCCAGACCACCACAGAGACAUGUACAGUGCCUGACUUUGGACUCUCCAGCUCCCAAAGGCCCAUUUUUCCACAGCCUUGGGCGGCUUUGCGUUGACCUCCUCUUCCAUGGAGGAGGCUGCAGAGACUUUGCUCAGGGGAUCUCCACUCCUCCAACUGACAGAGCUUGAAUUAUAGCUUGUGACCGACCGAGGCCUUUGGCUGGAGUCAGACCAACCCGCGGCUUCCACUCCCGGCUAUGGGAUUUCCCGGAGAAGCCAGAGUUUUCUUUGCAACCACUGCAAAUGGUCAGAGGACGGGAUCGCUGCCUGCGGCUUCUCUGUCUGCAAGACCUCACAGAGCCCAACAUCUGCACAGAACUGGAAGCAAGCAGCCGCAUGCCAGGAGAUGCUGUGGAUUGCCAUCUCCCGCGACCAGUUCACACUGAAACUGGAUUCCACAGUCUGCACGGCCUCGCCGGGGUGGGGGUGGGGGGAAGGGGCAUGACAAGUGAUCUCCAAAGGGAUGAAGUUGUGGGUGGCGGUGGGGGGAAGAGAGGGGCAUGACAGCCAGGCCGUUGCUUCACUCCGGUUGCAUUGCCUUCCCACCUGCGCGGCAGGGGCUUGGCUGGCUUGCCCUCCUGCCUGAGCCCCACUCGCACGCAAUAAACUGAAACGCACCCUUCCGCAGCUCCCGCUUCACGGGCCGGCUGCUGAGGAAGCCACCCUUGCUCCUUGGCUCCCCACUAGAACAGCCCUUCCUGGUGGAGACCGCACACCCUUUCUUGCCAUGAAGCGAUCCCCGAACCCUCUGCUCCUUGGCCGUCAAGGCCUGCUGGCUCCAAGUUUGCAAACCGGGACUGGACUAGACUUGGGCGAGCCAGCAAUCUCGCUGCCGUGGCCAGCAGCACCAGCAGCACCUCCAACCAAAGGCCCGCCGAGGCUGAGGAGGGAGCACCCCAGAGGGCCUGGGUUACUCCAAGAGGGCCCUUGACGCAUUACUUGAACUAACAGCUUGAGGCCUGCGGGUGGGCUACUUUCCUGCUCAUCAUGGCCACUGGGCACCACCGCCGGGGGUGGGGGGCAGCCUCCUUUGUUUAGCACCUCAACACACCUGGAGGCAGGGGACACUCCUUUAUUUCUGCUACCUCAGUCUUCACUUGCUUGUGCAAGGGGGCCAGCAAGGACUCUUCCCGAGACACACGGCCUACCUUCUUCCAUGCCUGCGUCGGACCGAAGCUUGAACCCACCGCUGCCCCAGCGGCCCUGUGCCCAGGUCUCUCCUCCUCGGUCUUCCCGGUGCAGUUGGUGCAGCAAGGCUUUGAGGCGGCUGUGCUAGCAAAGUCUUCUUCCUCCGCUGCUAUCCAGAGGGUUUUGAAGUUGUCGGAAGAAACUGUUGCUGCCCCCUCCCCUUUUAAAAACUGGCCCGUGAGUGCAUCAGGUGAGAGCUUGUCGUUGAAUCCAUCAAGGCAGGGCUGCACUAGGGAUGUGCACAGAACCGGCUGGACCGGUUCGGUUCGAGUCCGGACUGGACUCGAACCCAAUUGGGCCAGUUUGGUCCGGCACCCCCUCGCACCUCCCCCAGUUUACUCCGGUCUGGCAGGGGGCUUGCAAACGUUUCUCUCUCUCUCUCUCUGUAUAUAUAUAUUUAACCUUACUCCCCUACCAGGGAGUUGCGGGGGGUGGGGUGUCCACGGAGGUUCCCCCUCAGUUUUCUAUAUGUCUCCUUCCGGCCGGUUCGGCCGGCCAGGGACAUAUAGAAAGUCAGUGGGGGGAGGGGGAGGGGGAGGGGGAACCCUCUGUGGACCCCCUACCCCACCGCCUCCAGCAAUUCCCUAAGGUAAAUCCCCCCCCCUUUGUUUUAAAAACAGAAAAACGUUUGUGAACCGCCUGAACAUUCACAUGGUGGGUGUUUGGUCCGGGGUCGGACCGAACAGGGGGUGGUUCGGUUCGAACCCAAGCAGUUCGACAUCGAACCGGCUCGACGUCGAGCCGGUUUGCACAUCCCUAGGCUGCACAACUCUGGCCUGCCAACUGUUGGACUGCAACUCUCAUCUUCCACAGCCCCGGUGGCCAAUAGGGAUGAUGGGCAUUGUAGCCCAGCAGCUGGAGAGUUAAACUAAAGCAGUGGACACAAGAGUUUGAGCUGUUGGAAAGAGAGGGAAAUUCUUGUCGCGAUAGUGGCUCUCUGGUGGCCCACCAGCACAUGCCUUCCAGUACGUGGUGCUCCCAUCAUCAAGUGAGCCAGGCCUACAUGAUAUAGCCCUUUGUGGGGAUUUUCAGGGGGCAAAGAGGGAUCUUCUUCCCUACCACCUGCUGGAGAGACGAGGGAGAUCUUUGAACAGGGAAAGGGAUUUAAGUUCCCCUCCCAUAAUUCUCUUCUGGAACACCACCCCCUCCCCAUCAGCAUGAAGAGGGAAACGUUUCCUUUGUAGCCACUUGUUCUGCCUCCAAGUGCAGAACCUGAAGCUAGAACUCCUGAACUUGAAUAACCUCCUGGACUUGCAGCGCCACCGGGAAAGACCCUGCAUUCCGUUCUCCGCUUCCCUUUAUCAUGCUUCUCAGGAAGGCGUCAGGCUGUGUCUUCACUACCAGUUAGUCGGCCAUCACAGCAGUUUCCCUCCCUUUUGCCGAGAGUAAACCACUGUUUGCCUCUCCCACGCCACCCCUCUCUGUGGCCAGCUUUCCUGGUGUGUGUCGGAGGGGCGGGGAGAUGCAGUAUUGUUUGCUCAGGGAAGGACUCCGUUGUGAUCCCAAUGAACAGGAAUCAGUACCAAGACAUUCUUUUCAGUGUUAAAUUUGGGAGAUGUCCAAUUCUGAGACUUGGAACAGACCUGCUGUUCUUUUCUCUCUCACUCACUCACAUGGUCCAGUUCUGCCUCCGUAUCCUUUGGAAAGACAACGUCAGCACUGAACUUGAGCCUUUUACUGUCUUGAGCAUAACUGGAGCUUGUUAGUUCCUGCUGUCCUCACAGGUCAAUUCUUAGGAUAGUGGAAAGGGUGGGGGGGAAGAGAGCUGAUCUCUUUUAUGAAAGCACAAGGAAGAACAGGGGCAGUGUCACCUUUGGGUGGAGUAGCUCUUAAAAGCACCUACCAGCUUUAAAUGCCAAGUGAGCCCCAGAAAAUAAACUAAAAUAGGAAAAACUAGGCUACAGUUUGGGCUACAAGGACAAGAAAAGGUGUCUUCUUAAAUCAGACCAGCUCUCACAUAGCACUCCUGUGCUUAAACACAAUUAUUAAGAUGUGCAUAUAUUUGCAUGUGUUCUCCCACUGGUCCUAAGGAAAGGGUCACCUUGUCUAUUCCUUCUACAUUUUCACACAGCCUUGAGGCCUAGAAACAUGCAUUUCGGGCUCCAGUAUCUUGGUGAUGUACUCACAGCUGAGUCUUGCUGUGCUUCAGCUGCUGCUGUGUUAUGGUGCCUCUCCCACCCCCCACCCCUGGAGGAACUAGUUCACACUUAUCAGUAGAGAUGGGCGUGGUGUUACACAGCCCAUUAGCUAGCCUCCAUUCAUGGGUAAUGUGUUUACAUAAAGCUCUCUCUGAGAUAGCUGAUCUAGUCCAACCAUUUUAAGUUAACCACCCCUGGCUGAAAUUGAUCUCCAGCAGGGCAGUGGCAGUGUCAUGGGGUUUUUGUUUUUGCUAACGCACAAAAAGGAAACCAUUCCAUUGUUGAUCCAAGAAAGCACUUUAGCACCUGCAAGGUAACAUGAGCAGUUCCAUUCCUCUCAAUUUGGGAGCAACACUUGAUGUUGGAACAGAGCCUACUUGAACAUUUAACGGCAAGAGGGUGUACACCCCUGUGCUACCUGAGCCAUUCCUUUGGCUGGGUCAGAUUUCUGUGAUUUUUGAUGUGGUGCAGCAGAUGAUGUUAGCCCAUGAUCACGCGUUCAUAGAAGCCCGACAACCCUUCCCUGAAAUACAUUUUUAUGGAAAUGCAUUCCAGUCAAACUUGCUUUUUAGCUCUGCUUAGGACUGCAGCCAAGUAGCUUUCCCUCUCCCGUUUCCCAUCUCUGCAUGAUGAAAUUGCACUAGUUUGCAUUGUGCCUGUUCAAGCAGUGAGACCUGGGUGACCUUAGAGAUGCCAUACCUUGUAUUUGCGAGUGCAGAAGCCACCUCGCGCCCCAGGAAGAGCACCUAGAUUAUAGGGGGGGGGGGUUUGCAGGAAAGAUGGCAUCUGGCAUCCAACACCAUACAUCCUUAGAGACCAGGAAAAAUGCUCACUGACUAUAUAACUCACGGGUUCAUGCGUUUUCUAUGGGGCCAUGGAAAGCCUCUCUCCAGUUAAGCUACAGCCACCAUUCUAGGGGCUACCACUUAAAUUUAGAAAUGACUAUUUCCUGCAGUACCAUAUUCACAUGUUGCCCCCCCUCUGCAGUUAGAGACAAAGGUGCUUGCUUUUAAAGUCUUUUGGGUGCAGCCAGAGUUCCCAUGGGCUCAGGGCCAAGGAGCAGGCUGAUUGGCCAAGUAAGAAUCACUUGAGACAGACAAGGGCUUUGCCUCCUUAGCACUAGGACUGCUGUUCUUUGUUUCUAGGCAGGCAGUAGUUCUGAAGCCCAGUAACGGAGGGCACAGAAGACUUUCCAAACUGCAAAGCAAUCUCACAGCAGUACACCACCUUCAGGGAGCAACCUUUCCCAUCCCAACAGAUUCCACAGCCUUUUUUCAGUUGUUUGUGAAGAAACAAACCCAGAAGGUACCAGUUGCCCAUUCCUUAGACCUGAAAUGCACAGAAUAUACUUGAAGAGUCGGGGAGUGGGACGAACUGUCUUUCCCUCAAGAUUGGCAGCUUCUCACGUGGCCAUCUGGCCUCCAAGGCCUGGUCUCCUUUGUUCAAGGCAUGAGUGCCUCUGCUCUCUGCACUGGGACCAAAUGAACUGGGUAGCCUUUAUGUAGGGGUCAUAUUAGAGCCUUUGGACGGAUAGGGCAGUAUAGAAAUGGAAUAAAUAAAUAUUAUGGAGCUCAGAAAAAAGCGGGGGGGGGGGGGCAUGUUUAAGAAAGACAAAUCUGCCCUUGGUGGUUUAAUCAGUUUGUUCAUAGUUUCAGGGUGGUUUAGCCAUAGGUUCCAGGGACUGCAAAAUGAAGUCUAACAUUUCAUUAGGCAUUGAUAAUGAAUGUAAAUAGCCAUUACAAUAUAUGUUGGGGUUAUCAAGAUUAGUGGUCCCAUAAAGCCAGGGGAGUAAAGACCCUCUGGAGACCCUAACCCUUGAGUGCAAUAGGAGCUGAUUGUAUUAUUAAAUUAACAGGGACGAUUGCAGGAAACACAGCGACUGGCUCAAGUUGCACACUUUAAAAAGGAACAGCUGUAAAGUGUAUUUGUAAAUAUUGCCAGCAUUUUGGCAAGUUAAGCUUUGUUUUAACUGUAGCAUAUAAGUACAGUAGGAAUCCACAAGGGACUUUUUAAAUGCUGAAGACGUGUGUGUAAAAAAAUAAAUCCAAUGUCAUAUUUGUAACAUGCUGCAUGUGAUAACCUCCAUUUUCCUGUCGAGACAUAAACCCAGCUUCUUGCAGUCGGGGUUUAGGAAACUGUCCUCAUGUACAGUGUAGCCUCCACAGCACUGCUCCUUUUUCACCUUUCCUCAUGGCAGAAAGCGGCACUGCAGCCUCUGUCGAGAAUCAGCAAGAAGCCAUAGCUCAGAGGUAGAGCAGCUGCGUGCAGAAGGUCCCGGGUUCAAUCCGCGGCAUCUCUAGUUCAGGCCUCUCAGGCAGCAGACCUUAAGAUCCCAGAAAUCUGCAGCCAUUAGAAGAGACAAUUCUUGGCUAGCUGGGCCAGUGGUCUGACUCUGCCUAAGACAGCUUCAUAGGUUCCUAUGCCCUUAAGAGUAGAGUCUCAAAUCUUUUGUGAUAAGUUGAUGUCCGAGUGCCAAGAAUUCAAGGUCUUAGCCAUAGGUCAGUCAGAAGGUGCCUACACGUAGGGAGCAUCGGGUCGUUGCCUCAAACGGAGGCUUUGAACGGGUGCUCCUCCCCACUCCUGAGUGCGUGAGCUGGGAGGGGCUACACAGAGAUGCUUGGCCACCCCCUCUACCUGGGGGGUAUCAGCAGAAGAGGCAGCCAUGGCAGAUUUGGCUGUUUCAUUGAAGGCCCAGCUUGAUAUCCAAAGAGGGAAAAGGGGCGAAGGUGCUGCUGUGCAAAGGUCAGCCUUCCUCCUCUUUUUCUUUUCCUCUUGGCUAAAGACCAAAGGAAUGGCUCGCCCCCUUCUGUGGCUGUUGGGAGGCCCCCUCCACAUCUGCACAAGGGGAAGCAUGUUGGUCUUCCUGCCACUUGAGAAUCCUUCAGAUUGUGUGGAAUGUAUUUUUAAGAGAUGAAAUAUAUUUUUUCUAUUUGCUAAUGUUACGCCUGGGUGGAAAGAGGUUGCGGAAUCCUGGCAUUGUAACUACAGGCAGAUGAGCGUCUCCUGCCUUAUACGUCCUCAUUUUCAAGUCAAGGAAAAGCAAGUGCAAUUUAGCAAAAGUGUUUCCGAGGCCCUCACUCACCAGCCCUCAGAAAAACCCACUCCACUCCAUACCCAGCAAUGCUACCAGCACUGUCCCACUCUGGCCCCAACUCAAAUGGAAGCACCCCUGGUGCCGGCAUGUUCAGUUGGGGAAGACCUGCUCUUUCACCUGCAAACUGUGCCCUGGAAACAGGUGGUGCUAACCUCCCACCAGUCACACAGAGCAACACGUCUGCAUGCUAUGUUUAAACGCAAAACGUUUGUCUGCAUGUUAUCUUCUGACUAAUGCUGUCCUGCAGUACAUAAUCAAUAAAAUUAUUUGUAUGUUA